AUGCAUCCCUAUUUCACGUCCCGGGCGGCGAGGCGGUCGCUAGCCGAACAAACAGCCUUCCGGAACAUUCUACGAAGCUUGGCGGUGGCGUUGUCGAUAUAUGCUCUGGGGGUUACUGUAUGUGUCUAUUUGCUAAAUCGCGGGCAGCAUGCGCUAUGCGGGAGACCAUCAGGGACGACAUGCCGCCCAGGAUGGUAUCCGGUGCCGGAAUUCAAAAAGUGUCUCAAGGUAUUCUUCGGCCAAACAAGCACCAUAACCGCGGCACAAGCGUGUCAUGCCAUGGACGCCGGGCUGCUGGCCCUCAACAGUAUCGAGGAGGAAUAUUUUGUUUUAAACAUGGAGGUCGGCGGGGAGCCGCUCCGCAAUAAAUGUGAAUUCUUGCUGCUGAGCCCGUGGUCGGAGGGCUCUGGCCAGCAGUUGACCGGACCAAAAGGGGAACAAAGGCUGUAUUCGAAUUUCGUAGACGAUGAACCACAAAAGAUGAGCACUGUGCGUGGAUUGAGACGCGCCGUUAUAAACCGCCUCACCAUCCGCCGACCAAUUUUUCGGGCACCUGGAUUAGCGAGGGUUGUGACGUCGCACGCUCGAGAAGCGCCUACAUUUGUGAAAAGGAAGAAUCUAUUAAGGAUGAAUUAUAAAAGGGACAUUCAACACAGGCGAACAACAGCC